GGGGCCAAGGGGACCAUGGCUACUGGCGGGGCCGGUGUGGGGGUGCGGCCGGUGGAGGAGCAGCAGCAGCAGCAGCCGCCGCCCCAGCUCCAAGCCCCGCAGCCCCCGGAGCAGCAGGGAGAGCAUAAGCCCCAGCUCCAGCCGCCGCCGCCGCAGUCCCAGCAGCAGGGCCAGGAGGAUUUCUCCUUCCUGCCCCUAGUCCAUGAUAUCAUCAAAUGCAUGGACAAGGACAGCCAGGAUGUCCACCAGGUGCUGAACGAACUCAAGACCAAAUUCCAGGAGACGAGAAAGAUGAUCAGCGCCAUGCCCGGCAUCGGUGUGAGCCCUGAGCAGCAGCAACAGCAGCUGUGCAGCUUGAGGGAGCAAGUCAGGACCAAGAAUGAACUGCUACAGAAAUACAAGAGCCUUUGCAUGUUUGAAAUCCCCAAGGAGUAGGAGGGAAGGCACGGGAUGGGACUCUGCUGUAUGGAACUGGGGUCCCAGGGGAAAGCAAGACAUCUUCUACCCUUCUUUUCUGUCUUCUUCCUACAAGUUUGCUGCUGUGUGGAUCACAGCCACGUGACAUUAACCCGGGAGAACAUUGUGUACCUGAUGUAUGAUGAUUACAGCGGUAUGUUUGCUUUGAUCUGUUGUGAGACUGCGUGUAUUUAUAUAUAUCUCUGUUCUGGAGUGCGUCUUUUUUUUUUUUUUUUUUAAUGCAAGUGCGCAGGAGGGAUUACACUUCCCCCUUGUUAUGAGGAGUAAAUGAUCUGGUGCUGACAUUACUGCCUGCAGCCAGAAAGAGGGGGCAUUUUCUUCCCUUUUGUGGAAAUCGACACUGGGCAAAGUGGGUGGAGGGAACGGGACUGAAAAGAGCAGAAUGAAGCUCCGUGUCCUGCUCCCAGGAGGCAGCGGAUGCAGUUCCCCCUGCGCCGGUUGCAGUGUGUGUGUCUGGAGAGACAGGAUUGGUUACACCUGCUUUUGUAUUUAUCACCUUUAUUUUUUUUGCAUAAGUGAUGUUUGUAUCUGAGAUGAUCCGAGUAAAGAUUUGAAAACCCUGAGUGGCGUUUGCGUCUGUACCGAGCCUGCGAGGCUGGCACAGGGAUAUUCUGAAAGCACGGGAGACCGCGGAGGUGGUCUGGGUGCUUUAUCCUUCCAUUGCUUUUCUAAAAGCAGGGCUGGGGCCAAAUAGUCUAGUAGAUUUAGGCUGGGAAUUUUAAAAGGAGUGGUCAGUGCUCAGCUCUGAGUGAAUGUCACAGGGAUUUAGGUACCUCGAUUCCCAACUCACAUAGGCAGUGUCACUCCCGGCAGAAUCUCUCGGAGGCCAGCUGCAUGCCCCAGAGUACCUUAAUCAAGGGCAGAAUCCACUGCCUGCCUACAUGGGCCUCUUCCUGCAUUUGGGAUGCUUGUCCACUACUGUGUUACACCCUCCCCUCUCCCCCCCCAGCCCCAGCUAUGGAUGGAGAUGAAGUGCUCUGUGCAGAUCCAGCGCAGGACCCAGACAAGUAUCUGGUAAACAGCCUCAUGGAGAUGGGAAGGGAGAUUGGCCCUAUAGCCAACUAGCAGCAACUGGGCCAUUCAAGUCAGUGAAGCUGCACCGGGGAAGAAUUUAGCCCAUAGAUAGGCUGGUGACUCUGGAUUAAGGCCUCCAACCUUUCAUUCCUUCAGAUGUGGGUGCAACUCAGGUGUAAGCGCACCGCCCUGCCACGGGAGUGAGGUUUACAGGAUCCGGGCCUUGGUCGCCAGGAUAAAAACAGUUGUGAGUUCGUUUCCCUCACCCCACUGCCACUGAGGCCACCACACGCUACAGCAUAAGAGCUGGUCUCUGCUCAAGGGGAACCUGAGACUUGACUCAGACUGAGAUGUGUUGGCCAGGCUGGGGGUAGUGCUAGCCAGGCCUGCGUUACCUUUGCUUUCACAAGAAGCAAAUUCACCGCCCAGUAUUUCAACUGUAGAAACUAGAGGCAGGAGGAGAAGUAGACUUGACGGGGAAGAGUGCAGCAAUUGCUCGGAGUGGGGAUCUGGGUGGUGGAGGAUUGGGCCAUUGGCUGCUCUGAUUCAUCUCUGAUGUAAACACAUUGGCUUCAGUGCACUGGACCUGGAGAUGAGAAUCCGUCCCAGUGGGUUUCCAUGGAAGUAACUGAGGGGCGCCUCCGGUUACAACUCAUGAAAAUUGCUGACCAUUGGAUCGUGUUCAAACAAAGCAAGGGGCAGCUUGCUGAGUCCUAGCUCAGAAUUUCCAGCUGCCUGCCUGCCCCUUCCAUGGGAAAUGGAGGUAAACAUGGUUAUCACAGGCGAUCUCAGUAAGUGGCACUGUAUCUCUCUGGCUAAUAAAAAUAUUAUGUGUACAGUUUCAAGCAUGUGCGCCCAGGGUUGGCUGGGUCUCAGCCUUUCUUGUGAAAUGCUCUUAUAAAUUAUGAUGAAAUACGGUGCCAAUCACUAGAAUGCAGGUUAUUUGCAUAUAACACAAGGACACAGAGAAGCCAGCAGAGUGCCCGGAAGAGAGAUAAAGUUCAUUCCUAUAAAGAGCAACAAGCUCUGUUUUGAAAUUGCUUUCCCUUUGCCAGCCAGAAGGAAAGUGUUUCUGGUAAGGUCAGGGACACCGUGCUGGUGGGAUAGUCCAAAUUACCAGCAGCUUGCUUAUUAUAUGCCACUCAGCACCCCAUUUAAAAUAGUGCUAAACUCAUUUCUUUGGGAAGAUGCAAAUGUGGCCUGGGAUAAACCUUCCUUUGUCAGUGAAACAGAACUCUAAAAUACACACUAGAAAAUGAACACAGGCAGUACAUUUCUGCCAGCCAUUGUCUAAGAUCAAUACAUUUGGCAUCUGUUUCAGACAGUGAAAUAAUCCAUUUUGUUUUCAAUAUACAUUCCAGUGAACUGUGCAUGUACUGAAGAGAUGGAAGAAUCAAGUAUAAGUCCAGAGAAAUGUGGAGUUGCAGGUGAAAGUGACCCCUUCAACUUAAAAUCCAGUCAGGUGUUUUUUUGUUUUUUU